UUGUUUUGCUUUCGAUCUGGACUGUUCUCAGGCAAGCCGGGGAGUAACUUUUAGUUUUGCUCCUGCGAUUAUUCAACUGACGGGCUUUCAUUUCCAUUUCACACACCCUAGCAACACUUAUACCUUGCGGAAUUGUAUUGGUAGCGUGAAAAAAGCACACUGAGAGACGGAAAAUGCCGGGGUUCAUAAAUAUUAAUACCGAUUUUUGGAGGAACAGUCGGCGCAAUUAUGGAUCGUCUGAUUUUAGGGGAAGCAGGUUCUGCUGCUGUUGCUGCUGCUACUGGGGCUGCUGAGGCUGCGAGGAGGAGGAGGAGGAGGGCACCAUGCCGGUGGAAAGGAUGCGCAUGCGCCCGUGGCUGGAGGAGCAGAUAAACUCCAACACGAUCCCAGGGCUCAAGUGGCUUAACAAGGAAAAGAAGAUUUUUCAGAUCCCCUGGAUGCAUGCGGCUAGACAUGGGUGGGAUGUGGAAAAAGAUGCACCACUCUUUAGAAACUGGGCAAUCCAUACAGGAAAGCAUCAACCAGGAGUAGAUAAACCUGAUCCCAAAACAUGGAAGGCGAAUUUCAGAUGUGCCAUGAAUUCCUUGCCUGAUAUUGAAGAAGUCAAGGAUAAAAGCAUAAAGAAAGGAAACAAUGCCUUCAGGGUCUACCGAAUGCUGCCCCUAUCGGAGCGGCCUUCUAAGAAAGGAAAGAAACCAAAGACAGAAAAAGAAGACAAAGUGAAGCACAUCAAGCAAGAACCAGUUGAGUCAUCUCUGGGGCUUAGUAAUGGAGUAAGUGAUAUUUCUCCUGAGUAUGCGGUCCUGACUUCAGCUAUAAAAAAUGAAGUGGAUAGUACGGUGAACAUCAUAGUUGUAGGACAGUCCCAUCUGGACAGCAACAUUGAGGAUCAAGAGAUUGUCACCAAUCCGCCGGACAUUUGCCAAGUCGUAGAGGUGACCACUGAGAGCGAUGAGCAGCCGGUCAGCAUGAGCGAGCUCUACCCUCUGCAGAUCUCCCCCGUGUCUUCCUAUGCAGAAAGCGAAACGACUGAUAGUGUGCCCAGUGAUGAAGAGAGCGCUGAGGGGCGGCCACACUGGCGGAAGAGGAAUAUUGAAGGCAAACAGUACCUCAGCAACAUGGGGACUCGAGGCUCCUACCUGCUGCCCGGCAUGGCGUCCUUCGUCACUUCCAACAAACCGGACCUCCAGGUCACCAUCAAAGAGGAGAGCAAUCCGGUGCCUUACAACAGCUCCUGGCCCCCUUUUCAAGACCUCCCCCUUUCUUCCUCCAUGACCCCAGCAUCCAGCAGCAGUCGGCCAGACCGGGAGACCCGGGCCAGUGUCAUCAAGAAGACAUCGGAUAUCACCCAGGCCCGCGUCAAGAGCUGUUAAGCCUCUGACCUCCCCGGUGGUUACUGGGGCUUCUUGGCUUUGUUUUGUUGUUUGUUUGUAUUUUAUUUUUUUCUCUCUGACACCUAUUUUAGACAAAUCUAAGGGAAAAAGCCUUGACAAUAGAACAUUGAUUGCUGUGUCCAACUCCAGUACUGGAGCUUCUCUUUAACUCAGGACUCCAGCCCAUUGGUAGACGUGUGUUUCUAGAGCCUGCUGGAUCUCCCAGGGCUACUCGCUCAAGUUCAAGGACCAACAAGGGCAGUGGAGGUGCUGCAUUGCCUGCGGUCACGGCCAGCAAGGUGGAGUGGAUGCCUCAGAACGGACGAGAUAAUGUGAACUAGCUGGAAUUUUUUAUUCUUGUGAAUAUGUACAUAGGCAGCACUAGCGACAUUGCAGUCUGCUUCUGCACCUUAUCUUAAAGCACUUACAGAUAGGCCUUCUUGUGAUCUUGCUCUAUUUCACAGCACACUCAGCACCCCCUUCUCUGCCCAUUCCCCAGCCUCUCUUCCUAUCCCAUCCCGACCCAUCCCAUCCCACUCUUUUCCUACUUUUCCUUCCCUCAAAGCUUCCAUUCCACAUCCGGAGGAGAAGAAGGAAAUGAAUUUCUCUACAGAUGUCCCAUUUUAAGACUGCUUUAAAAAAAAUCCUUCUAAUCUGCUAUGCUUGAAUGCCACGCGGUACAAAGGAAAAACUAUCAUGGAAAUAUUAUGCAAAUUCCCAGAUUUGAAGACAAAAAUACUCUAAUUCUAACCAGAGCAAGCUUUUUUAUUUUUUAUACAGGGGAAUAUUUUAUUCAAGGUAAAAUUCUAAAUAAAAUAUAAUUGUUUUUUAUCUUUUCUACAGCAAAUUUAUAAUUUUAAGAUUCCUUUUCUUGUUUAUCAGCAGUUGUUAUUACAUCCUUGUGGCACAUUUUUUUUUUUUUUAAUUUUGUAAAGGUGAGAAAAGCUUUUAUGAGCUCAUGUAGCAAUCAGAUUAUCCUGUGGAUUGAUAAUAAAUGAAUAUGAUAUAUAGUUAAAUUUUUAA